AUGUCCAGCAUUCCGAAAGCCAAAAAGAGCAACAUCAGCGGCCUGGUAGUAGUCCCAGACACCUGGGAUGCAUACCCCGAGGUUGAACGCUCCACGCUAAAUACAGUCCGAUUCGAGAAUCUUACGUCGGACACUCGCAUUACACAUUCUAAUUUAAAUGGUGUUACCAUCAAGGAAGGCGGGAGAGAGUAUGAAUUUGAAGAUAGCAGAAGCACUGAGGUCCAACGUUCUGAAUUGACGGCCUGCACUGUAGCAGGAUCUUGCAUCUACCGGUCCACACUGACCAGCUCUGAGGCCACCGAUACUGAACGUAUAGAACGAUCGAGAGCUCAUAAUGCAAAGUUCAUAAAUGUGCACAAUGCUGAAAGAAGUGACUUUGAAGGGAGUGUUCUGGCCGGUGAAAGUGACGUGGAGAGAAGUACCGUUAAAGAUUCUGCUCUUAUGGGCCCAUGCCGGAUCAAACGAAGCCAACUGGAUGGUGUCAUGAUGACCAAAAGUCAAGUGUCGAAGUCUGUCUUGAGGGAUUGCGAGGUGGUGCAGUGCGAAAUCAUCAACACCAAUUUUACAGGGAAGACUCUGAAGUAUGGGAUCUGGGAGAAUGGGGAUCUGGUGGGAAGAACCAGUGAAGAACACGAGGUUGUUGUCGUGCAAAUGCUUAACGGCACAAGAUCUCUGAUUGAAUCCGCCUGGAUGGCAUUCCAUACCCACAAGCCCGGCGAACGAGUGUCCACUUUGGAACCGAAGAGGAGCCAGGAUGGGCCGUCGAAUCCAACAAAGGAAACCCUUGCAGCAAGCGGGACGGACGAGAUAGAUGAGGCCGAUGCACCCCCUCCGUACGACUCUCACUUCGCCUAG